AUGUCAGGAACUCGAACAGUCUCAUGUGGCCUUAAUUUUGCAGCGGCACCAGAUUUGCAUAGUUGCUUAGAGACUGCUCAACAAUCUGGGUAUGAAUAUAUAUGUGUACCCCUCGUGCAUCCUCAAUUGAAGCGUGAGUUUAUCUCAGGACCAGCCAAGAACCGUCAUGAAGCAUUUACCCGCGCUGAUAUGGUACUUAACUCCUCAGACUGGAAUGCGCUGAUAGUUGGAAAGCUGUCUCCAUACAUAAAUGUGGACUCCCCGGUGCGACACGUCCGGGAGAACAGCGAGGCGAUGCUAGCCCAAGAACUGUCACUGGCCUCCCACCUUAGCAUCCCAGCAAUAACUUUUAAAUUGCAGGGCGGUAUCGAUAAGAAUGUCAAUUUGGCGUGUAUCAUUAACGACAAAGUUGUCACGGUGUCCAACACCCAAAUCUGGGUUCAAAUCCCCAUGGAGAACCCGCUCAAGCAGAAGAUGUCUUAUCGCACCGACGAGGAAGUAGUUUGCGAGAGUCCUUGGGAGUGGUGGAACGAGUUUAGGUUCAUCUGUGACUUUGAUAAGAAAAUUGGAGUCGCUCUGAUUGUCAGCCACGAUUUGCCAGAGGAAGAUGAGAUCAACCGAUGGCUUGGAGAACCGAUAAAAUGUUUGAUACUUCCAACAACUCUAUUCAUGACCAACAAAAAAGGCUACCCAGUCCUGGGACGUGCUCACCAAGCUCUGAUCCAAAGAUUCAGUCCUCUGAAUGUCCAGUUCUUGCUGACCGGAGCUAACCGGUACUCGGACUUGGCGCUGUACUUUAACUACCUGGACCACGUCUGGAAAAAAGGCUUCCAGGUUCACGGGCCACUUCAGCGUUAUGGUCGUGGGUACGAAGAUUACCUCCAGUUUCCUCUCCAACCGCUGAUGGACAACCUCGAGUCGGGAACCUACGAAGUCUUUGAAAAGGAUCCGGUUAAGUAUUCAGAGUACCAACGAGCGAUUCAUCGCGCUAUCACUGCUAAAAUUCAGAAUGAAAGUCUAGAUACUACUCUAGUUAUAAUGGUUGUAGGAGCCGGACGUGGCCCCUUGGUGCGUGCGACUCUCCAUGCUGCUGACAUGGCCAAAGUCAAUGUAAGAGUUUAUGCAGUGGAAAAAAAUCCAAAUGCUAUUUUGACGUUACACGCCUUGAAAAAUGAUGUUUUUGGUCCUCGAGUGACAAUUGUCUCCUCUGAUAUGAGACAAUGGGAAGCGCCUGAAAAAGCAGAUAUUAUUGUUUCUGAAUUGUUGGGAUCUUUUGGAGACAAUGAAUUGUCACCAGAGUGCUUGGAUGGCGCUCAGAAAUUUUUGAAAGAUGAUGGUGUCAGUAUUCCGCAAUCUUACACUUCAUAUAUUGGUCCAGUACAGUCAUCAAAAAUUUACAACGAGCUAAAACAAUGCCACGAUAAGGACAAACAUCCGUUGGCUCAUUUUGAGACUCCUUACGUUGUUUACUUGCACAACAAGUAUCAGAUUGAUAAAGAACAACCUUUGUUUACUUUUAAUCAUCCUAAUAAAGAUGAAGUAAUAAAUAAUUCACGAUAUGAAAAAAAGAUAUUUACUGCAGAGCAAAAUUCAGUUUUGCAUGGCUUCGUUGGAUACUUUGACGUUGUCUUGUAUGAAAGUAUUACUCUGAGUAUCGUUCCGGAUACUCACAGCCCGGGAAUGUUGAGCUGGUUUCCCAUUUUCUUCCCUGUAAAGGAACCAAUUCCAGUAAAAGCUAAAGAAAAAAUAGAGAUUUCCUUCUGGAGAAAAUGCAGCUCAAGGAACGUCUGGUACGAGUGGUGCAUCACCAAGCCCAAAUGUUUGGGAAUUCACAACCCAAAUGGACGUUCCAACACCAUCGGACUUUAA